CAAACUUGCCGGUGAAAUGGAUGACAAAGGAGGAGGAAGAAACGUGUCGAACUCGUUUCUCAGCUCCAACUGGGCCGAUUUGACUCACGAGUGCCUAAUCAAUAUCCUGUUACGCCUCUCUCUCGAAGACCGAUGGCGAACAGCCAUAUUGGUCUGCAAACCGUGGCUUCACGCCAUCAAAGACCCGGUUCUUAACUCGGUCUUUGACCUCGAAACCUACUUCGACCCGGAUGCUGAGUCACCCACCUGGUGGACCUGGGAAUUCGAGCAAAAAAUCGACGCUAUGUUGCGAUCCGUCGUCGUUUGGAGCGAUGGGUGUCUGGUGGAACUUCGUGUCAGGCAUUGCUCUGAUCGCUCUCUCUCUCUGGUUGCUGAAAGGUGCCCAAACCUUCAAAUCCUAUCAAUUAAGAGCUGCCCCAAUGUAAGUGAUGAAUGCAUGGAUGAGAUGGCUUCUGGAUGCCCCAAGCUUGAGGAACUUAACAUUAGCUACUGCUAUGGAAUAUCUCAUGAAUCUUUGGCUGUGAUUGGAAGGCACUGCCCUAACCUCAAAAUUCUGAAAAGGAACCUGAUGAAUUGGUGGAAUCCUUCGUAUCAUGAAGGAAUUGUCCCAAAUGAAUAUCUGAAUGCCUAUCCUCAAGAUGGAGAUUCAGAAGCUGCUGCAAUUGGAAAAUUCAUGCCUCAUCUGCUAAAUCUUGAACUUAGGUUCUCAAAGUUAACAGGCAAAGGACUUGCUUUAAUUUCUGAGGGAUGUCCGAAUCUCAAAUAUGUGGAUCUAUCUGGUUGUACGAACGUGACUAGUAGUGACGUUGCAAACGCCUCAUCUAAUUUGAGUGGUUUGGCUACUAUCAAGCACCCCAGUUUCUACCUCCCUAGGUUAUUCUUUCACCCUGACAGGUAUGGCCGCUAAGAGGUUGUAUGAUGAGAGAUUCCAGACAGAUGUUUAAAAUGGGGAAAAGGGAAGACGGCGAAAUGAUGCUUGCUUAAGUUAAUAAGUUUAUUGGGAUUUGAUUAAUCUUGGCCUCCUGGGUGAACGUCUUGUUAAUACCUGGCUCUAAAUCGUUCAUUGAGGAGGUUGGAGUAGUAAUGUACUGUUUUCAUAAAUCAUUUGUAUAAAGUGUUCUAUUUGUGAUAUAUAUAUUAUGUACUGGAUUGCCUAAAGUGCAUUGUUGCUUGUAAAACAAUGGUGUUUGCUGG